UUAUUACUCUGAAAACAAAGUUUUUGCCUCAUUUUAAUUUUGAAUCUCUUAUUUGACAUAUUGUUAUUCUGGCACAGCGCAAAACUAAUCUGUCAUAAAGAUGAAAAUCGAAACUGAUACAGAUACUGAUACAGAUACUGAUACACUACAAGGCUGAAAGAAGCCUGGGUGAAUCGGGGGAUUUCAAAGCGAAAACGGAUACAAAAGAUCACACACACCCGUUUCUCUUAACCGCUGUCGUAGCGGGAUCCACGUGUUUCGCCGCAAAGCGCUUCUUCCCCAAACAAGCUUCGCAAUGCAGUAACGGGGAAGAAGUUCCAACUGUUGACGAUGGCAAUAACAGUUCCCACCGGCAACUCGUGAUUCCAGAGACACGAAACGGGCUAUUGGGCUUUACCCGUAGACGAAAUGGGCCUGAGAAAGGCAUUAUGGGCCCACGGGGUAAAGUACCAACGGUGCAGCGCAACGGCAGAAGCAAAUUGCCUCUGGGUUUCAAGAAGAGGAGAAAAACCGCGAGAAAAUCCAUCACCAAUAAGAGUUCUUUCCUGUCUCCUAAAAAACAUGCUGCAAGCGCGUUAUUUGAUUGGGGAGUUAGAUUUGGGAUAAAAUGUAUGAUGGUUGGAAGAGAUGAGGUCAGUGAACUCACAAAAACCAUGAACAAGACGGCAAAAAUUAUAGAGGAACUAAAAUCUGAAAUCAUCAUUAAAAAAUCGUCACAUGCUCACCAGUUUUUGGAUUACGUUGGCAAUAGCAAUGGUCUGGAAUUUAGCAACACGAGUGGCAAGGAUGAAGAAACAAUGUUCAAGAAAACAAAGAGUGAACUCGGAGAAACUGAUUCUAAAUUUUGGUGUCUCUCACUGAUCGAUAAUGGUGAAUGUGGAAGUAGUGCUCUUACGGAAGACUCAGAUUCGCUGGCUCUGGUCAUGGAUCAACUGGAAGAAGAACUUGAAUUUGAACUCCAAAAACUUCCUGGGGAUAGUGUUGACACUAAUUUUCUAGAAGAAACAAGGUCAAAAUUCUACGAGGUUCAAGUUCCAAAUGAAGGCUAUUAUGGAGCAGAUGACUUGAAUUUCAAGUCUUCUCCAUUCCACGCAGUAUCGGCAACAGAAUUGAAUCAGAAACUAUGUCAGUUGAAGAUAGAACAGCAAGAAAACCAGAUUGCGGAAUUGGAAUCUGAAUUAUACCUGGCUCGUUCUAAACUGCAAGAGAAGGAAGCUGAACUGCAGGCACUAAAAAACUGUGUCACUCUCCUAACCGAACUCCCUCUACCCACAGUUUCAGGCACAAGUCAUGGAACUGAGAUUCACAAGGGAACCACCAAUUGGGACUAUAACACCCUGGACUCAAAGUCAGAACAAUCAGUUGGUGAUAUGAAAACACUUGCUGUGUAUGAACCAAGUUCUUAUUACCGGAGAAGUGACUCUGAUUUAUAUGAGCAUACAAAGUACAUCGACAAAAUCAUAUGAUACAUUAGAACGGUAAUAAUUUUGUAGGCAAUUGUUCUAUCAGAUGUUAAUUUAGUUAUUGGGCAUCAUGUGAUAGAUAUAUAUGUAAACAUUGUUCUGGUCAAUUUAUAAUGCUUCGAGUACCGGAUCUCAAGACGACCCACAUUCAUAUUUUUAAUAUAGACAACUUGCAAUGCAACUCAUGAAGUGCUGUAUCUGCACAAUAUGGACAUGUGAAUAUAGUAAUUGGUUUGUAGGAUUUUUUACUUCAAUGCCUACGUUACAGGACUAGACUGCUCUCAGAUUUGGUGUUUCUCUGGGGGCCAUGAUGCCAUUGUUUUUUUAUUCAUCACAAGCCAUCUUCACGAGUGUCACAAGUAACUGAGACUGCUGAAACUGAAAUAUUUUUUACUUUCCAUGCUGUCUUGUUGGGAGAAAUAACACUGAAAUCAC